GCCAACGAUGUUGCACUGUAGGCGUGGAAUUUGGAUCUCGCUACACGAAAUCGUAGGCAUAGAAGUUGUGUGGCUAUGCAGGUUGGGUAGCAAAAUCUCAUCGUCAUCCACGAAAUGGUAUCCACAAAGACGGGGUUUUUGGGUUGCGUAGCAACCCUAUAAAAUCGGUUUCACAAUUCAGAGCAUUAAUACGAACAUUUCCUGCAGCUGGUUUUGGGAGUGUCACACUACCACUGAUGGUGGUGCCAGAGUAGUUGAUCCGAUCUCUCCAGUUCUUCUCAAUCAUUCACUCCGUUGACCAACUCUCUGGAUUUUUUGGAGGUCAACCAUUCUCCGACCGGCUCUGUUUCCCCUGAUAUCGUUACCCCAUCCAAGAUUCCCACCGUCCGCGCUUCCCGCUACGUGUUUUACCAGGAGCGUUGCUCCCAGCAGGCUUCGAAUAUCCUUAGAUUGACGGCGAGUGACGUGUCAACAGUACAGUGGCCAGCGUUUUCCACGUUGUAGUCGCUAUCUGGAUCGUGUUUCAGGCACCUCAAUCCGCCUAAUUGUCAGUAUCCAGGCGACAUGACAUCCACCAUUUCCUCGCUUCAAGCCAGCAUGGGAGUUACCCGCGUUGCAUCCGCGUUAUGCACCUCACCGAUAUUUUCCUCCGUCCACGGUGGCCCUCGCUUUCUCGUCCGAGCGAACAGAACCCAGCCCGUUCGCAGUAACCAGAGUCCCGGACUGCGAAAUUUCUCUCCGUUAAAUCUUAACGAGUUCGUAGAAGGAUCGUAUCUGCGUCUCAGCAGCCGUAACACGCGACGGGAGAGCAGCAGGAGCUUCAGAGGCACCAGAAGCCAGACUACCAUGGCCUCAAACAGUGCGGAUUCCGAAGCCGCUACCACGAUCGUGUGGUUCAAGCAUGACCUGAGAGUCAACGACCAUCCGGGCCUGCACGAUCUCUCUGCUGCUGGCCCAACUGAUUCAGCAGCCCUAGCAGCAGCAACAACGAGCCAUGCUAUUCCACUCUUCGUCUUCGAUCCAGAAAUUCUGUCAGCACUCCCAGCCAGUCACUUACCUCUGCUCCUCUCAGCUGCCUCCUCCCUGCGCUCCUCUCUUCGCUCCCUUGGCUCUGACCUCGUUGUCACUCGAGGCGACUCCUCUACUGCCAUAGCUAAACUAUGCAAGCAGGUUCCUUCUGUCCGCACUGUAGCUGCAGAGGAGGAAGUGGAAACCUGCUGGAAGCUUCCGCUUGAGCAGGUCGAGUCAGCCGUGCAUGAACUGGGAGAGAAGGGCCAGGACAGCCGCAGGAGGGAGAGCAGAAGGAGAGGAGGAUUCGGCUGGACACAUGGCGAGCUGCCUUGCACAAUCUCCAGGACCCUCUCCCCUUGGAAUUCACCAGUUUCAAGCAGCAGAGGGGCCAGCCUUGCUCUCCUCUGCCUCCUCCCUCCACGCUUCCCCCUCUACCUGCUGGCAUCGAAUCGGGAGACCUGCCUUCAUUAGAAGAGCUCUUCUCUCUGGCAGGGAAGGAGGUGGAGGGAACAAAC